UUGGAACUCGACAAAAAUCCCUAAUUCCAAAAACUCCCUCUCUCGGAUCUAUAACAAGAAACGAUGUCGUCUACUCGUGAAGAGAAUGUGUACUUAGCCAAGUUAGCCGAGCAAGCCGAACGUUACGAGGAGAUGGUUGAGUUCAUGGAGAAAGUCGCCAAGACCGUUGACUCCGAGGAGCUCACUGUCGAAGAGAGGAAUCUCUUGUCCGUUGCUUACAAGAACGUGAUUGGCGCUAGGAGAGCUUCAUGGAGGAUCAUCUCUUCCAUUGAACAGAAGGAAGAGAGCAGAGGGAACGAAGAUCACGUCUCGAUUAUCAAAGACUACAGAGGGAAGAUCGAAACCGAGCUCACCAAAAUCUGUGAUGGGAUUUUGAAUCUUCUUGAUUCUCAUCUUGUUCCCGCUGCGUCUUUGGCUGAGUCUAAAGUGUUUUAUCUGAAGAUGAAGGGGGAUUAUCAUAGGUACCUUGCUGAGUUUAAGACUGGUGCUGAGAGGAAAGAUGCUGCUGAGAACACUCUCGUGGCUUACAAGUCAGCUCAGGAUAUUGCACUUGCUGAUUUACCUCCUACGCAUCCGAUUAGAUUGGGACUUGCUCUUAACUUCUCUGUCUUCUACUAUGAGAUUCUCAACUCACCUAACCGCGCUUGUAAUCUCGCCAAACAGGCUUUUGAUGAAGCAAUCUCUGAGCUGGACACAUUAGGAGAAGAAUCAUACAAGGACAGCACACUGAUCAUGCAACUUCUCCGUGACAAUCUGACCCUCUGGACUUCUGACAUCAAUGAUGAGGCGGGUGGUGAUGAGAUCAAGGAGGCGUCAAAAGACGAGCCUGAAGAAGAGAAACAUGCUUAAACGUUGAAGUGACUCUAGAGAGCGAGCGUUACUAUGUAUUGGAUUUGGCUCUAGUUUCUUAAAAACAUAUGCUAUGGGGUUUGUGUGUGUAGAAGCAGAGAGAAGAUCAUCAUUUGAUUUUCUCCUUUGAAAACUCAUGUUCUCUCUUUUUUUUUUAGUGCUUUUGAGUCUUUGGUUUUACUUUGUUUCUUGUUAUUAUUUUUUAGGAAAUUGAGAAACAAAACUCUCAAUUAUUGCUUUGGUUUCAAGUUAAACUCUUUGGUUUUACGUCGUUGCUGGUUUCAACUCUUUUUUGCC